GCUCCUCAGUCCCGUGAGUUUUUGUUGUCAGUCCCGCGCGCGACACUUUCCCUGAGAGGAAUUGUUAUAAACACGGAGGAAAAUAUAAACUUUAUUUUGUGGAUAAGAUUCUGUGUGUGUGUGUGUGUGUAACAUCAGACGCGAUGCAGCAGAACGCGCCGCAGACCAACGCGGAUCCAGCGGAUGUGUUUGUGAAGCGCCGGCGGACGGCUCUCUGGUGUUCCGGGUCUCUGUUCGGACUCUCGGUUCUGGUUCUGGUGGUCGGGCUCCUGUCGGCCACACACACGGAUAACGUGGCCGUGUCUGGAUACUAUCCCGGGAUUAUACUGAGCUUCGGAGCGUUCCUGGGAGUCGUCGGUCUGAACCUGGUGGAGAAUCGCAGGCCGAUGGUGAGUACCAGAUCAAGACCAGCCAGAAAUGUCUUCACGGCCUAUUUUAGUGGCGGAGUAUCGGCUCUCUGA